AUGGAGUUAUGUAAUGACCAAUUGUAUAAUGCUGACGAAUCUGGUUUAUUCUGGAAGCUUUUGCCAGAUAAGACCCAUGUAUCAUCGCAUGAAAAAACUGCUCCAGGAAUAACGACGGAAAAGCAGCGUAUAACAUUUCUCUGUUGCGCAAAUGCAUCGAGUGCACAUAAACUUAAACUUUUAGUAAUUGGUAAGGCAAAAAAUCCACGCAGCUUUAAACACUUUAGUUGGCCUACGGAUUAUAAGAACUCGAAAUCAGCCUGGAUGACGUCUGCCAUUUUUAAACAUUGGUUCCAUCAAUCUUUUGUGCCACAGGUAAGAUUGCUUCUAAAUCGGAAGAUUACCAAUAAAGGCACUAUUACUUAUUGA